CAGAUUAAAGAUACAGAUUACAGAUACAGAUACAGAUACAGAUUACGGACAGAUGCACAUACAGAUGCAUACUCGCUCAUCCAACAAUGAAGCGAGUAUAGAUGCAGAUGGGGAUACAGAUACAGGUGCAGAUAUAGAUGCAUAUAGUGUUAUUGUUACCAGUAUUGGUACUGCUGCCAUUUAUUUCGGCCUUUUCGUUGCGUCGCUACUUAAGUAUGCGAUGGUGAUGGUGAGCGCGAGUGCGAUGGGGUUGGUGAGCGUAAGCGUAAGCGCGGGUGCGAAUGCGAGCGCGAGUGCGAAUGCGUAAGGCGGGAAACCUGGGGAGAAAUUUGGGAGGAAACCUGGGGAGAAAUUUGGGAGGAAACCUGGGGGGUUAUUUUUUGUCCUUUUUGUGUCUUUUUUUUGUAUCUAUAAAUCCGCAGGGCAUCAACAUUUUUACUAUAAUUGCGGUAAGCUCUCGGUGGGGUGGUAGAUCGGGGGUGGGGAUGGAGAUGGGGAUGGAAGUGGUGAUGGAAGUGGUGGGGGGUGUGAUCGAUGGGUCGAUGGGGGGGGGGGGUAUUGAGGGAGGGG